UUAGCAACAGAUUCUUGUUUUGGUUUGAGUCAACUAUCUUCAAAAAUCAUCUUGCUUGCAAGAUUAUACGGGGUUUAUAAAUCGGCGUUAACUUUUAAAACAAAAUGACGGGAGGAGCAGAUGAACAAAUUACGAUGGAAAAACCACAUAUUUAUGUGGAAAGGACACUUGCAGUUAUAAAGCCAGAUGCACUUCACAAAGCUGAUGAAAUAGAAGACAUAAUUCUUAGGUCUGGUUUUGCUGUUUUGCAGAAAAGAAGAGUUCACUUAACACCAGAACAGGCUAGUGAUUUUUAUGCAGAACAUUAUGGAAAGCUAUUUUUCCCAAGCUUAGUAGCAUACAUGAGCAGUGGCCCCAUCAUUAUUUUAAUGAUUGCUAGAGACCAAGCUAUUUCAUACUGGAGAGAACUGAUAGGCCCAACCAAUGCUCUUAAAGCCAAGCAAACACAUCCAGAAUGCUUACGAGCAAUCUACGGCACAGAUGAUCAAAGAAAUGCAUUACAUGGAAGCGACUGUUUCAGUAGUGCACAGAGAGAGCUCAGAUUUUUUUUUCCUGACUGUAUUGUAGAGCCUGUUGCCACUGGACAAGCUGCUAAAGACUAUCUCUCCAAAGCAGUCAACCCCACACUUCUGAAAGGACUCACAGAUUUGGCUAAGAAGAAGCCAGAAGACCCUGUGCUAUGGUUGGCUGACUGGUUACUGGAAAACAAUCCUAACAAGCCAAGAGUGAGAAAUCCUAUUGUGGAACUGGCGUGAUAAAUAUUAAUCCCUCUUUUCAUCCAUUGAGUACUGCACAGAAGAACAACACAUCUUUUUUCAACUGCCUUUUUUUUUUUUUUCAGCUUUCAUUGUGGAGAAUAUUUUUCUGAAACUUUCAAAAAAUAAUUAUUAGGGAAUGUUUUUAGUUUUGAUCUUUUUACAUAUUGUAAAUUUAUAAAACUUAUACAAUUUCUUUUACAAUUACAAAAGCCUAAAUAGUCACAUUAAUUAUAGUAUUGCAGGCCUAAUAGCCAAUUAUAUGAUAUUUUUUUCAACCUUCAAAACUUAAUGUUUCUGUUAUAACAAACUGUCAUAGUUAAUACACCUAUGUAUAUAAUUAUAUUUUAAGGUAUCUAGCAACUGUGCUUAUUUUUAGGGCAUUUGAUUAGCCACUUGCAUUUAACUUCUAAUAAAUCUACUUCUUUUGUUGAGCUAUCAAAGACUUUUUUAAAGUAGGGAUAUAUAGAUUGCAAAGACCGAAAGUACACAAAAAAACACUAUUUCUCAAUUUUGUUUUCUUUUGUAAUAUUUUACUUAUCAACACUCCUCCAAUUCUUCUUGGUAGUUUUAUCAUUAAACAGAACACUAUGCUUAUACAUGAAUAAAUGUUGAUAAACUUCUAAUAAACAUAUAACUUGAAACUACUUGCCAUUGGAUUUUAUGAGUGUAUGGUGCACUAGAUUUAC